AUGGCCCGCACCGAAACUGUUACACCUAAGCCCAAGGUGGCAACCCGUCGAACUACUGGCGGCAGGAAGAGGUUGUCGGCUUUCAAUAAAUUUAUGCAAACGGAGAUGGCCCGGUUGAAGGAGGAUGAACCUGAUAUUCCCCACCAGGAGAGGUUCAAAUUAGCGACACAGAACUGGAAGGACGCGAAAGAAAAUCCGAAGAAUGCCGGCGCAUCUUCUUCCUGA